AAAAGUCUAAUAUUGCAAAAAUUACACACUUCCACUUUUCUGGCCCAAAACGACAGUAAAUAAUUCAGGAAGGCGCUUUCGUGUAAUAUAUAAAUAAUCGCAUAAUAUAAAUAAAUGCCAAAGUACUUCUGUCAGUUCCAGUUGGUUUGAUCAAUGUAUGGAUUAGCACUGUGAAAUGGAAUCAGCAUGGCAGAGUUUUAUUCCUGACAGUUUAUUAUUGGACAUUUUCUCAUACCUUGACAUAAAAGGAUUAGGUUGUGCUGCACAAGUGUGUACAACAUGGAGGAGAGUUGUUGCUGAUGAGUUUCUAUGGCAGAAUAUAGGCAAGAAGCUCUGGAAUAUAAAAGGAGGGCUGGCACCAGGGAAGUUGUCAUGGUAUGAGGAAGUGAAGCGACUGACCUACCAUGUACCUACUGUAUGCUAUGAGACUAUAGAGAAACACACAGAUGAAGUGCUUGAUGUGUCAAUAUCUCAUAGUGGGGAGUAUUUCUGUACCUGCUCCAAGGAUGCACUUGUUAUUAUGUGGAAAUUAGGAACACAGACAUCACUUGUAAAGUCAUUCGAUGCUGGAUUGUUCCUGAGAUGGCAGCUGUCUCAGUACUCCACCUUCUGUCCUGAUGAUUCACUUAUACUUGUGUGUGGUGUGAAGAGUUACGAUGACAUUCAGGUCGAUAUGGAUACAGAAUACAGGGCAGGAGUGGGAGCAGUAUUCACUGUACCAGAUUUAGAGGUUGUGUCUGUAGUUGAAAUGGACCCACCCACCAUGUUUGGUGCCUGGCUCAAUGAGAGAGUAUUUCUGGGAGGCUGGCCUGGUUCCAGGUCUAACACAGUGGAUAUUCAAGCAUUUAAGGUAUCAGACGAUAAAGUCUCACAUCCAUUCAUUGCGCCCGAUAACUCAGAUGUAAUUUUUACGACAGAAAACAAGACUUUUGCGGAACUUGCUUACAGCAAAAAUGGUUUCAGGCUUUUUACUUUCCAAGGAAACAGAUACCAUUUGAUGAACUUACUUGUUGCAAAUGUACCAGUGUCAGAUAUAUGUACAUCUACAUCAUGUGACAUGUCCAGGUCAUGUGAUGUGCCGAUGUCAUGUGACAGUGGUUCAGAGAGACUAAGACGGAAAAGAACUCCACAGUAUGAUGAAUGCUUUGAGGUUCCAGAAGCUAGAAAGGUUAAGGUCAAAGAUUCUAAAUAUAGAACAGAUUUUUCAGAAGGGGCUUGCGAUAGGCCAUGUAAUAUUCAUGCUGUAGAAAAUAGUUCCUGUGAAGUAUGUGAUACACAUAACUCAAAAAAUAGUUCUAGCGGAUAUGAAACAUGUAAAUUUUGUGGAAGUUUCAGAGAAAGUAGUUCCAGUACACAUUUCACAUCAGACAUUGAUCUAGAAAAAGAAAGCAUGGAUAGUUCAACGUUACCACAGAAAGAGGCUGACAACCCUUAUAAAAGUGUAAGCAUUUAUGAAAGAACAGAACCCCGGUGCCAAAAUAUAAAACAAUAUGUAUCAUUUGUAACUAAAAAUCAUGAUGUCAUAGCAGUGCAUGAAGUUACUGCAGAAAAAUUGAGAAAGGUUUUAGAGGAAAAACCUGAUAAUGAUAGCCUGGAAGAUAGCCUGGAAGAUCCUGAUCGAUGGCCCUGUAUAGACAAAAUAGAUCACAGUUUUUAUUUGAAGGACUGUUACAUUACAGGACUAUGUCUGUCACAUGAUCACAGGUACUUGUACUUUAACUUCCGGGAAAUGGACAAGUCGGCACCAGAAAACAAGGUAGACGACCCUGAUGAUGAACUACCUGUAUCAGAAAAGGUGUUCUGCAAGGAGCUAAAAAUAGGCUGUAUUGACCUUGUUGGUAUGGAAAGGGUCAAGGACAUUGAGUUUACUGGUCAUUUGGGUUUUUCUACAUUUCCUGCCUGGUACAUAUGUCUUGAUGCUUGUCCAGAUUAUAUUGGGAGUGGUAGUGAAGAUAUGAGGGGAUAUCUUUGGGACAGACAUUAUCGUGUUUGUAUUGGCAGACUGUUCCACUCGACCCUCGAUACUGGAGAUAACACGUUGCUUGUGAUGUCCAUGCACGAGAACAGUGUGGUGAAUGGUCUAGCUUUUUCGCCAGUAGAUCAGGAGACGUGUAUAACUGUCUGUGAUGAUAGACUUAUAAAAAUUUGGAGAUCAAAGCAUCAAGCGAAAUCUUUGUUAAAGGCUUCAUCAAAAUCUAGAACUUACAAUAGUAUGAAGGAAAAAUUGAAUAAACUGAAAACUGCUUUUGAGGCCAGCCUUGAUGGUCAUACCUAAUAGAGAGUAAAGAAAUAGUAAAUUUGCUGCUAUAUUUUAUCAGGCAAUAAUAAUCAGGAGUUUUGGUUUAUGAUGAUUAAAUCACAAGUGAGAUUUAAUAAUUUUCAUCGGAACAACUUACUGCCUAUAUAUAAUUCACUGAUAAAAUCUAGGAACACAGUUUAUCAAUUCUAACUUGGCAAAAGUUUUUAACUAGUUGUUGACCUAUAUUUUAGCAUUCAGUCCUUUGGCUGUUACAACUCACACUCGGUAACGGAAUUUUGAGAUGUACAUUGUAUUUUAAACUAGCAAUCUAGCAACUGUCAAUAGAGUUCUCAUAUAUAAAAAAAUUGUAGCAGUUUUCUUCUUUGACCCAAUGUUAUGAUGAUAUUUACUUGUGAUUGAUGUCACAUCAUUAUGUUUUAUCAUGUAUUUUUAUAACAUCAGUGCUGAAUCAUAUUUGCAUCGACGUAUCCGAAGUUCGACGUAACGUACAUACAACUUUUUAAUUUUUCAAAAAAUACGUGUAGACAUUCGCAUUUUUAUUCCUUCCCUUAGAACAAGUCUGAAUGUAGCGGUAAUGUUCCUAGAUGAGUAGUUAUUUUGACUGUGCUUCGAUAACGAAAAUUUGCCAGUUAAAUACGCAUAUUAUUACUCAACCCUAAAUAGCAGAUUUUUACUCCGUCAGACAGAAAAAAUAUUUCAUCCAAAUUAGUUGUUAUAUUGGAAGGCUUGCCCGCUUGCACGCUGUUUUAUAACACUAAUUAUUGGGAAUUAAAUGCAAACUUCCUGACAUUUAAAUUGGAUUUAAAGAUUAAAUAACAAACACACAAACUAACUUGAUUAUGAUUAAUACAUCGCCGGACAACAAUAGGUUGAUUUUCACACCUUACACAUAACAUGGAUAUUUUUUGACAAGCUGUGAUAUCGACGAAAGCAGGUGUAAAAGCAGUACAGGUAAGUUGACGGGACUGAAAAAUCUCAUCGAGCUAAACAAAAUAUCGAGCUAAUCAUAUCGAGGUAAUGAUAAAUAAUUACAUUUAAAUAUAUAGAGAAAAAUCGGGACCGACUAAAACACAUCGUGCUAACCGGAGUAUCGAGCUAACCGUUAUUGAGGUAAUGAUAUUCAACUGUAUAUACUUCAAAUGCAGAAAAUCCAUGUCAAAUAUAUUUACAUUUACCAAAUAUAUAAAUUAAUUGUGUAUUAAUAAUUAUUAUCAUGCAGUAAUAGCCCGCCGUUCGGCCAUUCAUCUGGUGCUCUUACGUCCACACUUUUCUUCAAACAAAAUCUCCUCUGAAACUGUGUGGUGUUCAAAACGUUCCGCUUGGUAGCACAUAGGGGCUGCUAAGUUGAAAAGUAGAAAAUCUUUUAACAACAUCUCCUGAACAGGUAAUCUGAUUUUGAAAUAUUUUCACACAAAUGGUCCUUGUGUGAGCUUCUUCCAAGAUUGUUCAAAUUAUUCUGAUUCGUCAAAAAACAUGGGUGCCAGGGGGCGUGGUCACUUUUCCCUAUAUAAUAUGUUUAUAGUGGAAACUUUAAAAAUCUUCUGUAUGAAACUGCUGGCAUGAUUUUAAAAUAAUUUCGCACAAAUGGUCUUUACAUGACCAUCUGCCAAGAGUGUUCAAAUUAUUCCUGCUUUUAUCAUCGCAAUGAUAUCAUGUUGACAUCACGUCGAAGUGAUAUUUAGCGCCAUUUAGGCAUCAAGAAAUAGCACUUUAAAAUUUGAUGAAAUAUUUUACUUAAAAACAUGUUUAAAAUGAAUUGGCAUGUAGCAUUACUAUCUUGAUUAAUUUACACACACACAGAGUUAGUUAUUAGCUGAGCAGAAUAAUUCGCCAUCAUUUGCGCCCUAAUGGAGCUAUUCCGCAAGACAUAUCACCAUUUCUGGUAUAAACAAAGGAGCGUGAGAGCCUACCAUUUGGUGCCAUUUAUGCACUAAUAAACUGUUCUAUCAUAUUUUAUCUAAACUUUAUGAUAAAAGAUAUAUAAGAAUUGAAAUAAUUUAUAGCAAAUCCGUGAUCGAACACUAUUAAAUUUUAUACACUUGAGCAGAUAUGCUUCGUAUGAAAUUAUUUCAUGAGGGCUGUGCCGUCGUGAAAUUAUUAUGCCCAAUGAAUAACAGGCCAUCAUGUAUAAAUAGUGUUAAAACACGGUUUUUUGUUAUAUAUUAUUUCUUAAAUUACUGUAAUGGAUUACAAUUAAAGUCGAAUUUAUAAAAGUGUACAAAACCAAAACAAAAUUUUAGGAAAGGAGAUAGAAGUUUCAAAAGUAUCAGGUUCAGUCCUUAAACUGGUUUUAUUGCAUUGAAGAACAAUUAGUUUGUUUAAUAUUUUUUGAUGAUAAAUAGGGAAAUGCAAAAAGACUAGGAUAGUGUUUUUCUAUUUUGUUAAAGUCUUAUUAUUUUAGAUCAAUUAAACUGGCUUAUACUAUAUUGUUUCAUUUAACAAAUAAUCAAGGCCUUCGCGUUGUUUAUCGUCUAAUUUACCACGGUUCAGAGUUCAGAUGCGUAGGAAUUGAACCACGAGGGCAUUAGCCCGAGUGGUUAAAUACUGAAGCAUCUGAACGAUGAACCGUGGUAAAUUAGAAGAUAAAUCACAAGAAGGCCUUGAUUGUUUUCAUUCUGACAUGCACGUUGAUAUAUUUCAAUAAAUAUUAUGCUGGAAUUUAUUUACGCGAGGAGUAAUGUAUCGGACGUCAGGCGGCUACAUGACGUCAAAAUUGACGUCAUAAUGCUCUCUUAUUGGUCCGUGCGUCAACCGAUGUUUAUCGCAGGAUAUACUGCGUUUGAUUUUCCUCUUUGUUUAACUGGAAAUCAAUUUGAGCCAUGUUAGAAUGAUAUUUUUAUCAGUUCCCAACACUAAAUUUGUAUUAAAUUCCUCCUUUUUUCCUUUCGUUACAUUUUCUGACGUUUAGACCAUGAUAUAACUUUAAUGACAUCAGAAAGAGUGACUGAGAGUACUUUAAUUUCAGCAAAACAUUUAGAUGGUUCUUAAUGCACCACAGUUGAAGAUUUAGUUCAGACCCUAUGUUUUGUUUACUGGAGAUAACUCCUGAGCCUAUUCAAAUUUUGUAUAAUUAUGUCCCUUUUCUUCUCAAAACAGAGCCAAGAAAGAUUGGUUUGAAUAUAUAAGAGCAAUGAUAAAAGUAAUAACAAAAGAGAUUUUCUAGUCAGUAGCCAGGCUAUUGAAGAUUUGUUGGAAAGUUUCUUAAAAUUUUACUUAUAUAUUAAACAUGAUUUAUGAUUGUUUAGUGUGAACUUAUGUUAAUUAUUACCAGUGUACAUUGAUUAUCUUAGAUUUCAAACACAUACUUCAAUAUAUUGACAGUUUUCUGAAUCUUUGCUUAAAAUCAACUCUCAGUUGGAUUCAGACUAGUGCCCACUGUACUCCACAGGUCCUAGAUUUGUUAACUUAUAUUAUACAGGUAUUUAGAGGCUAUCAAAAUGGAUUAUAAACCAAAACUAAAAUAAUGGUCUGUGAUAAAUAAUGAAGAAAUUUUACACCUUGAAUACUUGCAUAUAAAUGUAGAAUUGUUAUUGAUGUUAGAUAUUGUUGCUGCUGUUUGUUAUUGUUUUGAAUGUACAGUUGUUGUUGCCUUUGCAGGUUUGAAUAUUUUAAUAAGUCAAAGUCAAGUCAAGUUUUUUUGCAAAUCGGCUGUUAUCUGCCUUUGGCAAUAUACAAUUAUGAAUAUGGCAAACAUACAAUUUGUACAUUAUAAAAUAGUUCUAGAGUAUUAACAAGGAAAUUUCAUAUGUUACAUCAUGGAGUUCACAUAUCAAGUGUUUUGUAACAACUCUGCUCUACGGCAAAAAGCAAAUUUCAAGAAUUUACAUAGAUUAUAUACUUGCUUUUUCUUAGAAUUUAACAUAACUCGAAUAAAUUUGUAUAUUUUAAUAUUGAACAAAUUAUGUCGAGUUAACAAAAGUGUCCCUCUCUGAUGGACUUGGAGAAGUUAUCAGUUAACACUACCCACUAAAGGUACCACCUAUAACCUUUAAUACUGUGACCUUUUUAGCUCGACUAUACAAAGUAUAUUGAGAGCUAUCCUACUCACCCCGGCGUCGGCGUCUUUCCGCGUCCCCACCUUGGUUAAAGUUUUUUUAAACUUUCUUUUUUUUCUCUCCUUAUCUCUGUAAUUACUUGAUGGAUUUGCUUUAAACUUAAAAUAGGUAUUCCUCAUCAUCACCUACAUCAUAUGGCACAAGGGCCAUAACUCUCACACCAAUAUUUCAUGAAUUAUCCCCCCUUUUUACUUAGAAUUUCAGGUUAAAGUUUUUGAUGCACAUUCACUCUAUCUCAGUUAUUCCUAAAUAGAUUUAAUUCAAACUGAAAGUAGUUGUUCCACAUCAUCUCCCACAUCAUAUGACACAAGGCCCAUAACUCUGUUACCAAUAUUUAAUGAAUUAUUACCCCUUUUAAGCAAACAAUCUUUUUACUCAGAAAAUAUUGAAAACAGUAAGAAAAAUCCUAAAAAACUUUGGAGACAUCUCAAUCAAUUGUCAGGUAAAGGCAAAAAAUAUCAGACUAAUUACAUCAAUGAUGAUGAAGGUAACCCGAUACUUGAUCCUAGAACAACUGCUGAAACAUUCAAUACAUUCUUCACAAAUGUAUUCAAUACAGUACAAAAUCCUCCAGAACACCUCACACCUGAAAAUAAGGAACUAAUUGAGGACUUUGUUAAAACCAGUAUGGGAAAUACAUCAUUUGAGAUACCCCCAGUCACUGAAGAAUUCAUAAUAAAGGAAUUAAAAUGUCUAGACGAAACAAAGGCAACAGGUCUAGAUGAGCUUGGCUCAAAAAUACUAAAAUUAAGUUGUGACAUAAUCUCAAAACCCUUAACAAAUAUAUUCGAUCUGAGUAUUUCACAAAACAAAUUCAUAGACAAAUUCAAAACUGCUAAAAUAACACCUAUUUUCAAGAAAAACUCUAAAUCAGACAAGAGUAAUUACAGGCCAGUAUCAAUUCUUCCUAUACUAUCUAAACUAAUAGAAAGAGAUGUCUCAAACCACAUGAAACUUUUCCUAGAAAAAAAUACACUUAUUCACUCACACCAAUCAGGAUUCAGAUCACAACAUUCUUGCGAAACUGCACUCACUAGCAUCAUUGAUGAAUGGAUAAAUGCAAUUAAUGAUAACUCUGUUGUUGGAACAAUAUUCUUAGACCUGACAAAAGCAUUCGAUUUAGUGAACCACUCCCUUCUUACUGAAAAGUUAAAACUAUAUAAUUUCUGUGAAUCAAGCAUUAGGUGGCUCCAAUCAUACCUUGAGAACCGCACUCAAAGAGUUAGUAUCUCUGAACAACUUUCCUUUGCACAAGACAUAUCCGCAGGGGUACCUCAAGGCUCUGAAUUGGGCCCUGUGCUGUUUAUCAUAUAUAUCAAUGAUCUUCCUCUAAAUAUAACAAACUCAUCGCUCGACAUGUUUGCAGAUGAUGCUACAAUGUCUGCUUAUGGUAAAACUGUAUCACAAGUACAUACUACACUACAGACAAAUAUUCAAACCGUUGAUGAGUGGUGCAGAAACAAUUCAAUGAUUCCUAACACAUCAAAGACUAAAGCCAUGUACAUCACAGCAUCUUAUAACAAUCAACAUCUGAAUGAUCACAAAGAAUCAAGAACAAUUCAAAUGCAAGGCCAGAAUCUAUCAUACUCAACUUCAGAGAAACUGCUUGGUGUACAUGUGGAUGAACACCUUAACUGGAGGCACCAAGUAGAUCAGACUUUAAAAAAAUGCAACACAAAUCUCUAUCUGUUACUAAGAAUAAAACAUUUUUUGAGUUUAAAUUCACGAAAGCUAUUUUUCAACUCUUACAUCUUGCCACAUCUUGAUUACUGCUGCACAAUAUGGGGAAAUUGCAACGAAGAGCAAUUAGAUACAUUGCUAAAAUUUCAGAAACGGGCAGCAAGAAUAAUUUUAGACCAAGACUAUACUGCCCCAUCCUCUGUUUAAACAACUUAAGUGGAUGAAGUUCCCAGACAGAAUAAAAUACAAAAAAGCUAUCAUGGUCUACAAAGCUUUAAACAAUCAGUAUCCAGAAUAUCUUAAAUCUAGAUUCAAACACAAAAAUUCAUCAAUUUAUGCUCUUAGAUCAAAUGAUAAUAAUGAACUUCUUUUACCAAAACCUAAAAAAGGAAUUUUUUCGAAAAUCGUUAUAUAACUCAGGGUCUGUCAUUUGGAAUGAUAUCACUAAUCAUAUAAGAUCAGCUGACACCUUGGAAAAAUUCAAACAAGAGUAUCUCAAAUGGCAUUUUAGUAAUGAAUAAAACUAUGUAUCCUAGAAAAACUCUAUGUACAUAAUUCUUAGCACUCUACAGCAGAUGAAAUAUCAUAUCUUCAUCUGUUCAGACAUUUAAGUUUGUAUACUUUGUUUUUAUUCAUAUUUAUAUGUACUUGUGUUUACUUAUUUCAAUUUUCUACUUUUCAGCAUUUUUUUGUCAAAAGACAUAAUUGUAAUUAAUGACUUAAGUUGAUAAUAUUUAUUUUAUAUUUUGUAUAUACAAGUAUGUUGUGGACCAUAUUGUAAAUUGGUAAAUAUGCCAAAUGUGUAAUCCACAGAAAAUAAAGUCUUUACUUACUUACUUACUUACUUACUUUACUUAGAAUUUCAGGUUAAAGUUUUGUUGCACUUUCACUAUAUCUGUUGUUACUAAAUGGAUUUUAUUCAAACUUAAAAUAGUUGUUCAACAUCAUCACUCACAUCAUAUGACACAAGGACCAUAACUCUUGCACCAAUAUUUCAUAAAUUAUCCCCCCUUUUUACUUUGAAUUUCAGGUUAAAGUUUUGAUACACUUUCACUCUAUCUCAGUUAUUACUAAAUGGAUUUCAUUCAAACUUGAAAUAGUUGUUCCACCUUAUCACCCACAUGAUAUGACACAAGGUAUAUAACUCUGGCGCCAAUUUUUUAUGAAUUAUGCCCCCUUUUACCUAGAAUUUACGGUUAAUUUUGAUGCAUUUUCACUAUAUCUCAGUUAUUACGAAAUGGAUUUGAUUCAGACUUGAAGUAUUGUUCCACAUCAUCACCCACAUCAUAAGACACAAGGUGCAUAACUGUUGCACCAAUAUUUUAUGAAUUAUGUCCCCUUUUUGCUUAGAAUUAUACUUGUAUAGUGUUUUGAUACACUUUAUCUUUACCUCUCUUAUUACUUAAUAUUUUUGACACAGACUUAAGCUAUUGUGCAAUAUCUUCAUCCACCAUUGGAGUCAUUAAACACUCCAGUAACAGCUCCAGUUUCCUCAGAUGUGCCCAGUUUCACCAUCCAGCAUCGAAAUAGUCUAGCGCGCUGUCUCCUGUGACAGCUCUUGUGUAUCUAUGACUAAGUAAAUAUAAAUGUAUUUUAAGUUUUAGUUUUUGUUCGUAUUAUACAAUUAUUGCCUUUUGGUGAGGUCGAUAUGUGGAUUUAUCGACCUGAUAAAAGCAAUAUCGACAGAGGGCGCAGCCCGAGGUUGAUAUCGCUUUUAUCAGGUCGAUAAAUCCACCUAUCGACUGAACCUAAAAGGCAACUAUUGUUUUAUUAUUAAAUCCAGCCUACUUAUAAGUAUAAAAAUUAAAUACAAAUAUCUGUAGCCUUUGGUCAUUUUUUGUAGUAAAUUGUGUGCGACAUCGCAUUGUUUUGAUGUCAAACCAUGAUGACGUCACAGCUGGAGGCCAGUACAUGUUUUUGGCUCUGCCUUUGAGUCAGUACGACUUUUUAUCAUUGAUCAUGUGACUACAUCUAGACCAAUGGAAAGGACAAUAAAUGUAGAUUGAAUAAUAAAAAGAAUUAAGUGAAUUAAAUUAUACAAACUUCAGAUAAGAGUUUCAUUUAACAUCUGCAGGAAAAUCUAAGAAUAAAUGACAUGUAAAAGUAGUAAAGGUUUCUGAAUUAAUGUAUUAACAAAAGCCCCCACCUGGAACAGUUGGAACAAUUUAUUUCCAGUUGAGCCCACAACAAAUUGUCAUAUUUACCUAUCCAGCAUUCAGUCUUAGGCCAGUACUGCUUGAGUAAGUACCAACUUGAGUAAUCACCAUGCACUAAAUUCUUUGGGAUCUCCUUGGCCAGAUGGUUAAGGCUGCUGGCUUUGAAUCACAUGCCUGUCUCUGAUGUGGGCUCGAAACCUCCCUCAGGGUGUAGAAUUCAUUAUGUGAGGAAGUCCUCCAGCUGGCUUAUGGAAGGUCUUUGGUUCUAGCCAAAAUAAUGAAAUGAUGCCCAGAGUGGCACUACUGACGUGCACCACUGACUCCCUUAUAAAGUUGUUACCAUGAUAAUGGAUAAGUAGGCUAAGUGUAUAUCAAAAUUUUCAAAAAGUUUCACAGAUUGUGUUUAUUGAAAACUAAUAAUGUUAUACCUUGGAUAAGUAGCCUUUAAUAUGUUUAUACAAUAAAUCCAUUUUAUAGACAUGAUGUUUUAAAAGCUUUUGUAUACAGUAUACAUGUUUGCCAAAUAAAAUUUAAGAACCUGCA